CAGCCUGGCCCAUCAUUUAUUCACUUUGACUCCCGGGGAGUCUAUCAAACGAAGCCCUACUUAAGCUGUAUAGAUGCCCAACACGACCCGCAGUGUUUUCAAAGCCCUGGACCUUUAUGGGCGGCGCGUGUGCACGUGCGUGACCGGGGGCUCCACCUGACGGCGCGGGCUGAUCGCGGAGUUUGGUUGCGGGGGCGUACAAGGAGUGUUCGCCGCAGUCCCGUCUGCGGAAUGACGACCUCAGAAGAGGAAGUUCGUGUCUGGGUCUCAUCUGAGCGAAACUCGGGAAAAGGCUCAUUAGCGAUGCAGCGGCGUUGACGUGGGCGACCGCGCGCUCAUAAAUAGCGAUGGAAGCACGCGGCUGAUCCGCCACCGCGACACCCGCGACGCCGCCGGCACAUGGAGGACGACGCGGAACGAGGAGCGCAGCGGGACGCGCUGAUCCAGCUCCUGCGGCGCAGCGAGACGCGACACCGGCGCGCGGCCCGGAUGCUCGGCCUCGCGCUGCUGCUGCUCACCGGCGCGCUGGCUUUGCUCACCGCGGCGGUGUUCGGAGGGCGGGCCCGGCAGCCCCCGGAGAGCCAGCCGAUGAUUCAUCCUCACGCGCAUCCAUCAGGGCUCAGCCUCACGCAGAAGCAGGACUUGAUCAAUCCAAGCGCCAUGCUGACAGCUCCCAAUGGCCGCAACACUAACGGGAUGUAUCUGGAAUGGGAGUUUGAGACUGGAAAUGCUUUCCAUCAGGGAGGUUUCAACUACUCCGAGGGGAGCCUCGUGGUGCCCAGGAGCGGCAUCUACAGAGUCUUCCUGCAGGUCACCUAUGAGAGAAAGUACGACCCCAAGUGCUUCGAGCAGAAACUCACCAACUCAGUGGUUUUCUUCUGCGAUAAAUACAAAAGCAACAGGCCUCUCCUUACGUCGACGGACUCAGUGGGCUGCAGCCAGAACCAGUGGCCUAAGACGCUCUACACGGCCGGCCUGUUCGCUCUGGACGCUGGCGGCCAGCUACGCGUCCAGUCAUCGCACCCCAAGUUCAUCGUCAAAAGUGAAACCGGUGUGUUCUUUGGCGCUGAACUUCUGCCUCAGUAAUCAGCUAGAACCCCUGAAUCUCAUUAGCUCAUGAAUUGGUUUCAACUUCCAUGGAAGUUCAACAGUAGCUCCAGUGUCGUUUAAUGGUUACGGCUCAGGAAAAAGCCAAACCCACUGUUGAAUUCGCCACAGCAUGAAGCUGCUUGUAUCUGCUCGACUGUGUGUUUGCUUCAUCUAAUUGAAGUCCUAAGCUGCUUAGUUUAGAACUCAAUAUAAUUAGUUAACAAAAAAAAACAUGGCCUACAAGCUUAUAUUGAACAAACCUGCAGGAGUACGCUCCAUGUUCUCAUAGCCAUGGAGCCAGGAACUUGUGGAGGACCCUGGUCACGUGCAGGGCCAAGUGGACCUCCCAGCCUCAACGCCUAACCAAGGAAACCAAAAGUUUGGGCAAAAUUGGCAACAAGGUGGAUUGUCGGCGGCAACGGUGAAGCAGCAGGGCAGACCUGUCUAACUUUAUGCAUUUGUGUCAUCUAAGUCACGUCGGGUGAGUUACGUCAUUGCACCACAUGUCAGUUCUGUUGUUUUACAAACCGUGCAAGAGGCGUAAACGUGCCGUUGAUAUCCAAGUAUUUGCUCUGUGAUAGAUCAACUAAUAGAUGUCAUUCAUACAUUUAAAGAUGUUUAUAGAGUCAGUAGUUUAUACAGACUGCACAUACUGUGGAAAUGUGUCAUGAGUUUGUGUACAGAUUUGAACACAUGCACAAAUUGGGUUUCUAUUGUAAGUUUCACGGAUUUGGAGGACUGUCAUUUGUAAUCUUUUUUUGUUUGUAUGUGUGUUGUGGAGAUUUUGUGAAAUAAAAUUUUUAAUGAAAAUCA